AUGGACACUCCAAACCCAAACUCGGAAAACCCUUCCCUUCACUCUUGUAUAUUUCCCUCUAAUGAAGAGAAACAAAAGGUUUCAUACAGAGGGGUCCGAAGGCGGGGACGCGGGAAGUACGCGGCGGAGAUAAGGGACUCUACCAGGAAUGGGUCGAGGGUUUGGUUGGGAACUUUCGACACUGCCGAGGAUGCUGCUUUGGCUUAUGACCAAGCUGCGUUAGCAACGCGCGGCCACAACGCAGUUCUCAAUUUUCAACCUCAACUCGUGCUGCAAUCGCUUCGCAACAUGGACUUCAGGUUCCAGAGAGGUUUCUCUCCCGUUUUGGAACUGAAGAAGCGCAACUUCAUGAACAGGAAGAUGAGAAAGCAUCGGGAACGGCUUCGGCUCGAAAACGUUGUCGUGUUGGAAGAUUUGGGAGCACAUUAUUUGGAACAACUUCUCACACUCUGCGAACAUUCAUCAGUUCCACCUACUUCUUCGCCCUAA